AUGGCCAAAAGCUUCAUCGCCAAUGUCAAGUCGGUGCUUAGCGGAGACACCCUGAUCCUUACCAGCCCAAACAACCCAGCAGCCGAGCGGACGCUUUCGCUUGCUUACGUUGCCGCUCCCCGCCUGAGCAAGGAUGGCGAUGAACCUUUUGCAUUCCAAUCCCGCGAGUUUCUGAGGAACUUGACAGUUGGGAAACCCAUCAAGUUCAGCGUCUCGUAUACCAUUCCAAACUCGGGACGAGAGUACGGUACCGCUGUUCUUCAAGAUGGGACGGAGCUCCCGGACGCAUCAAUCAGGGCUGGCUGGGUCAAGGUCCGAGAAGAUGCCGGCAGAAAAGAGGAGUCCGAGGAGAUUCUUGAGAAGCUUGAAAAGCUCCGAAGUCUAGAGACGCAGGCGAAGGAUGAGGGCAAGGGCCUUCAUGCGGGAACCGGCGGCGUGAUUGAGGUCCAGAACGACCUCGGCGGCCCGGAAUUUAUGAACGAGUGGAAGGGCAAGACGGUUGACGGAAUCAUCGAGCGCGUCAUUAGCGGUGACCGCCUACUCGUGCGUCUGCUCCUCAAGGACAAGAAGCACUGGCAGGUCAUGACUCUGAUUGCCGGCAUCCGAACCCCUUCCACUGAGCGCGUCAACGCCUCGAACGGACAGACUCAGCCGGCUGAGGAAUUUGGCAACGAGGCACGUGCCUUUGUCGAGCAGCGGCUUCUCCAACGUCAGGUGAAGAUCAAGAUUGUGGGGGCCAGCCCCCAAGGCCAGCUUGUCGCCACCAUCCUACACCCUCGCGGAAACAUUGCCGAAUUCCUCCUACAAGAGGGCCUUGCUCGCUGUAACGACUUCCAUUCUACAAUGCUUGGCGGCGACAUGACUGCCCUUCGGGCUGCCGAGAAGCAGGCACAAGAGGCUCGUCGUCGUCUCCACAAGGGCUAUGUUGCCAAGGCCACCGAUAGCAAGGAAAGUGAUGCGAUUGUCACCAAAAUCAUUGGUGCCGAUACCAUUAUCGUCCGGAACAAGGCCGGAGCUGAGAAGAGGAUCAGUCUGAGCAGUGUCCGCGGACCGCGUGCCGGGGAAGCUUCCGAAGCACCCUUCAGGGAUGAAGCGAAGGAGUUCUUGAGGAAGAAGCUUAUUGGGAAGCACGUCCGUAUCUCCGUGGACGGCACCAAGGCCGCCACUGAGGAGUUUGAGGCCCGAGAUGUAGCUACCGUUACCCAAGGGGGUAAGAACGUUGGCCUACAACUAGUGCAGGAAGGCUACUGCACAGUCAUCAGGCACCGGAAGGACGACACCGACAGGGCGCCCAACUAUGACGAGUUGCUAGCGGCACAGGAGACGGCCAAGGAGGAGAAGAAGGGCAUAUGGUCUGGAAAAGCACCCAAGGCGAAACAGUAUGUCGACAUGUCAGAGAGCGUCCAGAAGGCCAAAAUCCAGCUGUCAACACUGUCGAGGCAGCGGAAGGUCCCCGGAAUCGUCGAUUUUUGCAAAUCCGGUUCUCGCUUCACUAUCCUAAUCCCCCGAGAGGGCGUCAAACUCACGCUUGUACUUGCUGGUGUUCGAGCUCCUCGCGCUGGCCGCACGCCACAGGAGAAGGGAGAACCCUUCGGCCAGGAGGCUUUGGAUUUGGCCAAUAGGCGCUGCAACCAAAGGGACUGUGAGAUCGAUGUACAUGAUAUCGACAAGGUUGGUGGCUUCAUCGGCGAUCUAUACGUGAAUCGCGAGAGCUUCGCCAAGAUCCUUGUGGAGGAGGGCUUGGCAUCUGUUCACCAGUAUUCGGCCGAAAAGUCGGGCAACGCUACUGAACUAUUGGCUGCUCAGAAGCGCGCAAAGGAGGCCAGGAAAGGCCUGUGGCACGACUGGGACCCGUCUCAGGACGCGGAAGAGGAGGAAGAGGCAACGCCUGCGGAGUCUGCAGACGCUUCCAUCACGAUCGAGAAGAAACCCGAGGACUACCGGGAUAUAAUCAUCACCAACAUCGACGCCAACGGCAGGAUCAAGGUUCAAGAGAUUGGUAAGGGCACAGACGCCCUGGAGGCAUUGAUGGAGCAGUUCAGGCAGUUCCACUUGAAUCCCACCAACAGCGCGACCAUCAAGGACGCGCCAAAGGCAGGAGAUUAUGUGGCCGCCCAGUUCUCGGAAGACGGCGAAUGGUACAGAGCCCGAAUCCGCUCCAACGACCGUGCUGCCAAGGUAGCCGAAGUCGUCUACAUCGACUACGGCAACUCGGAGAAACAACCGUGGUCCAAGCUCCGGCCGCUCAACCAGCCGCAGUUUACCGUCCAGAAGCUGAAGGCUCAGGCUCAGGAUACUCAGCUCUCGUUUGUCCAGCUUCCGGCGGCUCCCGACUACCUCAGCGAUGCCAUCAACUACCUUUACGAGCUCACCGAGGGCAAACGGCUCGUCGGCAGCUUUGACUACGUCGACACCAAGGAAGGGCUGAGCUACCUUACUAUAUUUGACCCCAAGGCCGAGGGCGCCAACAAGGCCACUGAGUCCAUCAACCGCAAGAUGGUUCUGGAAGGUCACGCCCUCGUUGCGCGGAAGCUGAAGGCUUGGGAGCGGAGCAAGGUCUUUGAGCCAGUGCUCAAGAACCUCAAGGAGGCUGAGGCUGAAGCUAAGGAAGCACGGCGCGGUGUCUGGGAGUAUGGUGAUAUAACUGAGGACUGA